AUGUUCCAGAAUGAGGAAGACAAAGAGAAAAUUCUUCAGGGCAGAACGUGGAGCUUCGAUGGUCAAUACCUCCUCCUUAAGCAGUGGGAUCCUAACCAUAUGGGGUUCUCAGAGGAGGAGAAGAGGGUCAAGUUAUGGGUCCACAUUUUGAAUUUACCUCUCCAUUGGCUGUCAGCGGAAGUAGGCCUGAAGAUUGGGAAAUCGAUAGGAAGAGUGUGGGAAGCUAUAGUUCUGAAUGUUGGCAGCAACAAUGGCCACGUGGUGAAAAUCCUUGUGGAGCAGAAUCUGAAUGAACCCAUUCUGAGUGGUAUGAACAUUACUCUACGACAGGAGACUCAUUGGGUGGACUUCAGGUAUGAGGGCUUACUUAGCUUUUGUUUUUACUGUGGAAGAAUUAGACAUAGGGAUAAAAGUUGUUCAGUAAAAAAAGAAGAUAUCAAUAGUAAUAUGCUAAAACUAGGGCAAUUUGGAGACUGGCUUAGGACUUUUGGGUUAAGUCAAGGGGAUUCUAGAGGGUCUAGGCCGAGUCUUGGGGAGAAAUCAGGGUCUGAGGUUAAACUCUCUCGAACUCAGGCUAAUGAGCAUGAGAUUUAUGAGAGUGAAGGUAAAGGUCACUCUGUUGGUACCUCUAGCAAAAGUGGUACUGGAGGAGUUAAAGACUUAGUGGUUAAGUCUCUUGAUAUCCCUAAAGGGGGUGUUGCUGUGGCUGUUGCUCACAGUAAUCCUUUAAGUCCUAUUGUUGUGGAUAAUGAAAUGCUAAUUGACUCUUCUAAUAUUUCCUCCCCUAACAAUGUGGAUUGUACUGAUCUGGUUGAAAUCAAAAUUGCUGAAUUUAAACCUUCUACUGAAAUGCCUAAAGCUAGGAAAGGCUGA